CCAGCGCUACCUCACCAGCUUCCGAGUACUGGAACUAAAAGAGCUACUGAAGCAGUGCGGCCAAUCAACAAAGGGACGGAAAUCGGACUUGUUCCAGCGCGCAAACGACAUGCUGCAAUUCGGGAGUCCCAAGAUUCAGACCAAAAUUAGGGAGAUUUACGACAAGUCAAACAGUCGACGACAGCUCAGUUACGGAAGAUCGGGGCAUAAGAUUUGCUCUCUCCGGUAAAGAGCGGAGAGUCAGUGAUAAAGAGCACCUCUCGGGCACACAUUGUGCAUCCAGAUGUGAAGUUUAAGGCUCAUCCCUUCUUCUCCAAGUUGGAGACCAUCAUAAGACCCACAGCACUGGGUUAUAUCAUCCGCAGUGUCAGGCCACAGCAGUGUGAGUAUGAAAGUAAAGUUUCAUCUCACUCCUCAGCAGAUACACCAGAUAUACAUCUCCAAGACAUCAACCGGGACGUACCAGACACAGGUAUUAGUGAGGUUUUGCCUCCAAGAGACGACUUGUGACCAGAACGACUACUACCCCAAGCAGUGCUACGUGAACGUCAACAGUCACAACUGUCCCAUUGCUGGCUACCAUCCUCACCUGUCCACCAGACCAGACUACAAGAGAACCGGACAGCCUGUUAACAUCACAAACUUUGUCAAGACGAGUCCGACUGAGAUCAAUGAGGUCACCAUCUUCUGGGCCCCUGACUUCAUGCUACCACUGGGCUACUGUGUAGGUAUAGAGAUUUCAAAAGUCGUUUCUUCGUCUGAUCUCCUGCAAGGUCUCAAGGCGAAGGGCGUGCGAAGUUCUGAUAUGUCAAGAGCACUGGUCAAAGGGAAGUUUACAGUUGAUAAGGACUCUGAAGUGGCUGCUACUAGCAUGAAGGUGUCACUCCUUUGCCCGAUUGGAAAGAUGAGAAUGAGUUAUCCAUGCAGAACCACCAGCUGCACUCACCUUCAGUGUUUCGAUGCCAGCAUCUUCUACCAGAUGAACGAAAAACGGGCGAGGUGGGUGUGUCCGGUAUGCGACAAGCCAGCACUGCCUGAAGAUCUGUUCGUUGACGGGCUGUUCAUGGAGAUAUGUCAGAACAGUCCGUCCUCUGACACUAUCAUAGAGUUCAUGGCGGACGGCUCGUGGAAACCAUCCACUGAGACCUCAGGUACCUGUCUGAAUGUGGACACUCCUGAAAAGAGAGGAAGCUCUCCCAUUUCCCUGGAUUCUUCGGACGGCAAAAGGAAGAGCGACAUCGUUGUGAUUGAUUUGACUGCCAGUAGCGACAAAGAAGACAAUGGUGGAACCACGCAGGUCGACGAUGAGGAAGAAGAUGAAGAAGAGGAGGAGGAGGAGAGACAAGAGAGGAGGAGGAACACAUCCAGCCAACGUGAUGUCCAUUCACUUACCACAGAGAGACGGGGAUCUGAGGACGCUGACUCUGAUACUGGUCCCUCCUCAAAUUCCUCUGCCACGGUCUCGGCCUCCUCACCCCCUGUCGCCCUCUCCCUCCAACCAUCCGCCUUCCCCCGCCUCUCCGUGGCCCUCAUUCACAGCGACCACGCCCCUUCUUCCUCCUCACACCCUCCCCUCACCACCUCAUCCUCACAAUCUUUCACCAUCUCCCUUCCCACACCCUCGCAGGCCAGCAGAAGAAGAUCACUCACAUCUCCAACUUCAUCCGCUCGUCUCCAUCUCUCGUCCUCAUCAGCUGUCUCUCCUGCAGAUUCACAAGCCACUACCCCAACCGCAGCUUCUUCAUCUCGGCCGACGUCAGUUAUUAUUGAGGGGCGACCUCACCCCAGUAGUAAUAACAACCAGGACUCGGGUAGAGGUCAAGCGUAGCAUGAGAACAAGGAGAUCUAGCAGAAGAGGCAUUUGUGAAGGUCUGUUUUAUUGCCCCUACCGUCCCCUCUGCUUUCUAUCUCCCCCUCGUUCUCUCAACAAGAAGAAGAACUGAAUCAAAAACAGUGAUUGACUGAUUGAUGCACAGUGAUUCAUGACCAUGAUUUUAUUCUCCCAAUAUUGUAGUUUCAAUUGAUGACAACAUUAUGAACAUGCUUCGUGCUGGUCUUUUACCUAUGGUAUGUUGAAGAGCCACAUUACUGUAUAAUGUAAAGCGGGAAACUUGAUUUUCCUGGCAAAAUAUUCAAGUGCAAAAUAUGGAGAUUGCCGCUGUAAAAAUAGCUA